GAUAAAUUAUCUUCUUUAGAUUAUCGUAUUUGAUUAUUGUCUAAGUUAUUAUUUUUGUAUGUUUAAUUUAUAAUUUGCUUUGAUAUUCUGUAGACAUUUUAUAUAUUUCGAAGUUAGUUUACGUUAUGAAUAGAAGUCGUACUUGGUAGUAGAAACAUCGAAAUCUGUAAAGAAAAAGGUAUCUGAUACUAUUUACUUUUCAACAAUUUUCAGUCAACGCUAAUUCACAACGAAAGCUUUUACAAGGUCAUCCAAAUCUACAUAAACACAUUGAAACAAAUAAUAAUACCUACCUCUUGGUCACUUGUUUACGGUUCUGAGAUUGGUUUCUAUCGAAGUCAACUGAAUCAGAAGUGACAUUAAUUCACUGAUGAUACUGGGCGAUUGAAUGGUUGUGAAAUGUCACAAAUUGCGGUCAGAAAUUUACACCCUAGGUUAGAUCUGAAGGUCCUGGAUUCGAUUCCCUGUGGAAUCGUGAGUAUACAUUUUUAAAGAAUCACAUACCUGGACGAAACAACUGUUCGGUACCCACUGGUUCUCUGCUGUUGUCUAACUAACGCAAUAUAAAUUAUAAACUUCGAAAAUCUCCACAAACCUCUCAUAAAGCAAAAUUUUUCUGUGAUUGUUUUUCAACCAAUGUCUUUUAUGGAAAAGACUGUUUUUAAACGUUAAUAGGUUUGAAAUACUAAAUCAGUGCAUUCUAUCCACUUGUAUUGCUGACUAAAUAGAAUGUUAAUAAUUCUUAAAUUUCUUUAUAAUUUAGUAAAUGAUUCAAUUAUCAGUCAAAUCGGUCGUGGAAUACUUGUUCUUAUUGGCUUAUCGAGACGAGAUACAGAAAGUGAUAUGGAGUAUAUGGUUAGAAAAAUACUGAACAUUCGUUUAUUUCCAUCUCUAGAUGGUAUGAGACGUUGGGAUAAAAGUGUAAAAGAUUUAAAUCUGGAAAUUCUUUGUGUUAGUCAGUUCACAUUAUAUAGUGAAUUAAAAGGUAAUAAAUUAGAUUUUCAUUAUGCUAUGGAUCCGAAAUUAUCGAAAGAUAUUUAUUCACAAUUAAUUAAUCAAUUAAAAAAGAAUUAUAAUGAAGAUAAAGUUAAAGAUGGAAUUUUCGGCGCAAUGAUGGAUGUCAGUCUUAUUAAUGACGGACCUGUUACUAUUACACUUGAUUCAAAUCCAGUUAUUAGUCGAAAUCUUACAAUAAAUUCACAAGAUGAUCUAGAAACUUCGAAUACACAAUAACUUAAUGCUGUAAAGUUAUAUUGGUUGUUUAGAUAUGUAACAUUUUGCAAAGAGAAAUACGAAUGCUUUUCUCCACA